AUGGUGACCGACUUGACCGACCCCCAGCAAGCCCUCCAGUGGGUAAUGACCCACGUGAAGCCUUAUUUUCCCGGCACGAAGAUCGCAGGAAUCGCUGUAGGAAACGAGGUCUACACAACUGACGACCCCGUUCUGAUGGCGAACCUCGUCCCGGCCAUGGUCAGCAUCCACGGAGCCCUGGUCCAGUUGGGACUCGAUCGCUACAUCUUGGUCUCUACUGCCAAUUCCUUGGCGGUUCUCCGCAGCUCCUAUCCUCCCUCUGCCGGCUCAUUCCAGCCCGAGCUGGCCAGUUUUAUCGUUCCUUUCUUGCAGUUCUUGGCGGCGACCGGGUCUCCAUUUUGGAUCAACGCCUAUCCGUACUUCGCCUACAAGGAGGACCCAAACAGGGUUUCACUAGGUUACGCUUUGCUCGAUCCAAACGCUGGUUUACCAGACCCUUACACACGGCUCAACUACGACAACAUGCUCUACGCCCAGGUGGACGCCGUCAUUUUCGCCAUGGCCAAGAUGGGCUUCGGAGGCAUCGAGGUGAGGGUUUCGGAGACGGGGUGGCCGUCAAAAGGAGACCCAGACGAGGUUGGGGCGACGGCGGAGAACGCGGAGGCAUACAACAGGAACCUUCUCCUCCGACAGCUGAGGAACGAGGGGACCCCGUUGAGGCCCAACCAGGGCCUUGAUGUGUACCUUUUUGCGCUAUUCAAUGAGGACUUGAAGCCCGGGCCAACCUCAGAAAGGAACUACGGCCUGUACCAACCCAACGGAAGCAUGGCUUACAACGUCGGCCUCGUUUCUACUUCUUCUGCUUCGGCAGCUUCCAUUGCUCUUACUUCAUCUGUUGAUCGGGUAUGCUUGGAUCUUUUUAAAUUGGCAUAA